AUGUUUUCAAAACAAAGUUUAAUUAAAACAAGUUCAUUUACAAAAAGUUGUAUUAAACAUGUUUUAUUCUCCAAAACAACUUGUUUUCUUUCCUACAGCAAAUCUCCCCUUUCCCCACGAACAUCGGCUGCUUUAUCAGUCUCAAACUCAUCAAUGUUGGAAAGUUUAAGUGUUAAUAAAGAUCGAAUAAGUAUGGGUGUACCUGCAACACUAGUUGACUCUUCAAGGCGAAAGUCGUUUGUUUCGCUCCAAUUACACAGAAGAACGAAAUUAAAUAAAGACUCAGCUAUAUUUGAAAAUGUUAGCAGGGAACAGGCUUGGGAAACACUUCAGAAAAUGAGUUCUAAUCCUGAAUGUAUUGAAAGUAUUAUGGUAAUUAAAAAUGAUUUUUAA